UUUUGAGGAGACUGCCUCUCUCUGAGAUGGAAUAUUUUACAUUUUAAGUGGGAGAAGAAGCAAAGGGGCUUUUUAAAUUAAGUGAUAAGGCAUCGAUCAAGACAGUUACCGGAUUGAGAAGGCCCUAAAACCGACGUCUGAAAGAACUAGGGCCUCUUUCUGGCUUACGUCACUAGGUGGCGACAGAAGGCUGAGAAGAUACGCAAAAGGGAACGGGGGUCUUAAAGGGGUAGGAGCCGCUCCUGUGAAGGUUUUUGUUUGACGGAGAACCGGAGUCUUCUUGAGGCGUUGAGUCCCUCAGAGCAUCGUCAGAGAUGCCCAAGGUGAAAAGAAGCAGAAAACCUCCUCCGGAUGGUUGGGAAUUGAUUGAACCAACUUUAGAUGAACUGGAUCAGAAAAUGAGAGAAGCUGAGACUGAACCACACGAAGGGAAGAGGAAAGUGGAAUCCCUUUGGCCCAUCUUCCGAAUUCACCACCAGAAAACUCGUUACAUUUUUGAUCUUUUCUAUAAGAGGAAAGCCAUCAGUCGUGAAUUGUAUGAGUAUUGCAUCAGGGAAGGAUAUGCCGACAAAAACCUGAUUGCAAAGUGGAAGAAGCAGGGCUAUGAAAACCUCUGUUGCUUGCGCUGUAUCCAGACGCGGGACACUAACUUUGGCACUAACUGCAUCUGCCGGGUACCCAAAAGCAAGCUUGAAGUGGGGAGAAUCAUUGAGUGCACUCACUGUGGCUGUAGAGGUUGCUCUGGAUGAAGCCUUUUCCCAGUAACACCCCUCUUCCCAUUUGUGCGGCUGCUGACUCUGCAUCAGUGACUGUUCUUAAGAGCUACAAUGUGUUUUUCAUAAAACCCGACAGUGAGCGGGCCUCCUUGCCAGUGGAUGGCACAGCAGCGUCUUGUUAGUUCAUUCUCUGUAACCGUUUUAUUUUAAAAUAAAGCCUUGCCUACCUUCUCCCUAA